AUGGCCGAUACAAAGAAAACCCAGGCCGUUGAUGGCUUGCGCGGUCAGCCCUACGAUGACUUCAACAGCGAUGAGAGACCUGUCGCUGAUAACGGCAGUACCAUCGAUGCGCAGAAUUUUGCCUUUACUGAGGAUCGAAAGAUUGGUGUUACUGGCGCUGUCUUUUUGAUUCUCAACAAGAUGAUCGGAACAGGAACUACUGGAUCCGUGGGCAUAUGUCUUAUGCUAUGGAUCAUCGGCGGCUUCUUGACCUUUUGCGGUCUGAGCGUGUUUCUCGAAUUCGGACUCGCGAUUCCGAGAUCUGGUGGAGAAAAGAAUUACCUUGAAAGAGUCUAUCGACAUCCGAAAUACUUGGCAACCUGUGUCUUGGCCAGUCAAAUGAUUCUUCUUGGCUUCUCUUCCGGCAACUCCCUCGCCUUUGGACGCUACAUCCUUUAUGCAUCCGGUAAGGAAACACCUGAUGGAUGGGAAGCCCGCGGUAUAGCAGUCGCAUGUGUCACCUUCUCCGUCCUACUUCACAGCACGCUUCCAAAGUGGGGUAUACGUCUCUUCAAUGUCUUGGGUGUAUUCAAAGUUGUCAUCCUGUUGUUUAUAGUCUUUUCAGGCUUCGCUGCAUUGGCAGGACAUCGUCGUGUUCCAAAUCCUCACAACUUUGACAACGCGUUCCGAAUAGAAGAUGGUGAUGGCUACGGUGGCGGUGGAGCGUACGCUUACUCGAAUGCCCUUCUCAACAUCAUCUACAGUUACAAAGGCUGGGAGAACGCAAACUACGUUCUAGGAGAACUGAAGAACCCCAGAAAAACACUUGCUGUUGCCGCGCCCAUCGCCAUUGGCGGCGUGACGAUUCUUUACGUUCUCGCAAACGUGGCAUACUUUGCAGCAAUUCCCAAAUCUGAUCUCGCCAAGUCUGAAGUCAUCGUCGCUGGAUUAUUUUUCAGAAACGUCUUUGGUCAAGGUGCUGCGGCGAGGAGUCUGCCUGCGUUCGUGGCGCUGAGCAAUUUGGGUAAUGUUUUGGCUGUUUCGUUUGCCCAUGCGAGAGUGAAUCAGGAGCUGGCUAAAGAGGGCAUGCUUCCAUUCAGUCGGUUCUGGGCAUCGAACAAGCCUUUUAACUCGCCUGCUCCAUCUUUGUUCCUUCAUUGGCUUGUCACUGUCAUUGUACUCCUCGCGCCACCUGCUGGACCAGCCUACAACUUUAUUGUCAACUUAUUCAGGUACACUUACCCCGGCUCAUGGAUCAACGGCUUCGUCACUGCCGGUCUCAUCUAUCUCCACUGGAGCAAGUCUGAAAACUGGACAUCGCCAUGGCACACGUAUCUUCCGAUAUCGGUCAUUUAUCUGCUCGCCAACAUCUUUCUCGCACUUGUACCAUUCAUUCCACCAGAUGGUGACUGGAACGCGGAUGGAUAUCCCUACUAUGUCUUUCCUGUUGUCGGUGUUGGCGUUUUGAUACUCGGUGGUGUCUAUUGGGCAUUCUGGACCAAGAUUCUGCCAAGGAUUGGAGGAUACAAGAUUGUUGCUGAUAGGACGUUUGAUGAUGCUGGGGUUGAGACGGUCCGGUACCGCAAGGUUUCUGUUCGACAUCACUAG